ACGCAACAAACACCACACGGAUGCGCGGCAGUCAAAAUGUUCGCUGCUGCGCGAAAAGUAGCUCAAAGUACUUCUACGAAUCUAUUGAAAGAGGAUAAGCUCUUCGCGCUGCCAAGAGAAUGUUUACCGGAGAAGUACUCAUUUUCUCAGAUCUUUGACGAGAUCAAUAUCAUUGAUGAUGCAUCGAGUAAAGAAGAUAUAUUCGAACAGGUUCUUGUUCUGCAUAGCUGCCUAAGCUUUGAAGAAAAGCUUCAAAGAAAGGAUGGCGACGAUAAAAUCAUUCUUGAGAUUUCGUCUUGGAUAGCCAAAUAUAUGCUACCAGACGGACGGGUUAUCCUCAACGAUGAGUCGCCAGAUGAUUCUUCCUCGGCCCAGCAACAAAGAGCUGUCUAUCUCGCCCGCUUCAAAGGUGCUAUCGGGCUCUCCUCACUGAAUACAUUGUUUGAGUUACGUUCUACAAAGGGUCCAAGGCAACCAGACUCGAAAAUCCUGCUUGCCAUACUCGCCUUCACCUCUUCACGUGAUUCUUGGACAUCACCCAUCGCCAAAACAUUAGCACAAGGCCUUCUAUCACCCUAUACACAACAAAUCCACUCCAAGGAAUUUAUCAUCGGCCAUGUCAUCCAAUUAUUCAUACGACCGCUCUUCUCAAAAUCAAAACCCGAAGCUAUCACUUCCACAGGCAGAAAAGCGAUGCCAACUUCUGCACCACCCAGAAGGCAUGAUGUUGCAGAACUUGAGCGUGCUUCUAAGCCUUGGAAAUAUGAAGCCCCGUACUCUGUCACUGUGUUUUCAUGGGCUGUUGAGAAUGCUUCUCAAGAAAUCAUAACAGCUCAUUGGAACAUGUUUAUGCCUCCUCUACUAACUCUUCUAGACACAUCUACAACGCCGAUCCUCGUCCGAGGCCUUGAAACUCUAUCUGCAUUCCUCACCAAAUUCUCUUCGAAGCUACUAAACCAAACAGGCUUAGGUGAAGUCUUUGAAGACGCAGUUAUGCCUACAUUACUUUACCUGCCUUCUAUUACGCCCAUAGAAGAGUCGGUACAGAUCCUGCCAACUGCUUUCGGAGCUCUUUUCACCUUGGUUGAUGUUCAAUGCCCAAUUCCAACACUCUCAAUCUCUCAAUCUACGGCCUUGAGCGUCACGACUUCUAACUCAAAAACUUCCUCGACGAAACCAAAGACCCCAGAUCAAAGACUCGCAUUCCUUGAUCGGUUGUUAAGGAAAGGGAUCUUGACGGCACAUCUUCACGCCUCUGAACAUCCGCAAAUAACGGCCAUUUUACUUUCCUCGCUGUCUACCCUCGUCUCCAAAAUGGGUAUCAGUUCUGUGAAACAUCUCAAGGACAUCUUGCAGAUUCUGACAGCGACCUUGACCGACCCAUUUGCUACUACGAGGCCAGAGGGGUUGAGAGAAGGGUUUAAAUGUUUAAAAAGCGUGAUCUUGAAUACUUGGCCUAGGAUGGGUCUCAAAGCUGGAGGGAACGGGAUGGAGGUUGUUAGGAUGCUUGUUGUUUGUUGGGGGAUCGUUAGGGAAGGAUCGGAGGAAGAUGGAAACGUUGAACGCAGAACCGUUGAGUUACGAGAAGUCGAGGGAGAUAUCAAAUCGACGGGGAGGGUGCUCGUGAAAGCAAUCGAGGCUGUGGAUACAGGAGUCAAUCUCACUGUGGAGUUGAAACCACUGUUAGUUGUUGACUCGACCCUGGCAGAUGUCUUUGGUAUAAAUCAAGGCGCAUAAUUUGGACGCUAGAGCAAAUUGCUCUUUAUGUUAAUCGAGCAGUCAAUUUCGCCCGAAGCUCAAACCACUUAUCCGGCAUUCGACCGUACCGGUAUUUUCGAGCAUGAAGAUCCUCACUCCUAUGAGCAGAGAAGUGAUG